GACCCCCAAACUUGAGAAAUAAGUCUGCUGUCUAAAAUAAAAUGUAGCCCUUCGUUUCGUCAGUACAUGUUUAAUUACCAGCAGAUGGCAGUAAUGCUUUUUAAGUUGCUAAAAUAGUGGUUUAGUAUGCUACAGAUAAUUAAAUUUUACUAUGUAACAAACGAUUAUGAUAAUAGAUUAACAAUGGAGAAUGUAAGGAAGACUAAUUAUUGUUUCAUUGCCAGUUGAAAAAUUUGUUUACUGAUACUGAGUUCUGUUAGAAGACUGAAACAUUUUAAUGGGCUACUUGACACGUGCAAGAAGUUUUGCAAAUAUAUUGUUGAAAGAUGUCAUCAAAAAGAAAAGGCUCACCUGAUGUUUGUGUUCAUGAUAUUUUAGCCCAGUUUCUUUCUAAAGAGCUAAAAGAUAAAUGUUUGUCUGAAAAUGAGCAAACUGAAGAAGAAGAAAUGUCUGAAACCUUGUGUAGCUCUGAUGAUGAAACAGCAGUUAGAAAUAUGAAAAGUAAAAAGAAAAAGAAACACAAAAAGCAUAAAUCAAAAAAGAAAAAGCAUGAUUCAGGAAAAGAGAAAAACAGGUCAAAGAAAAGAAGAUAUCAAAACUAUGACUCAGAAAAUGAGAAGAGAAAAGUUUCAAAAACUAGUGAUAUGCCUAGGCCUAAAACUAGGCCUAAAGAGGAAGUAUUAAAACAAGAUGAUCGAAAUACUUCUCCAGAAAUUAAGAGCCAGGCUGUUUUGAAAUCAUGUGUUUCAAACAUUUCUGAAAAUUCCGAGCCUAAGGAUAAUGACAAAUGUAAAAAUGAAACAGAAAUUACAUCUAUCCAAUUUCCUGUUACAAAAAUGAAUUUUAUUGAGGAUGUUGAUUGUUUAGAUUCAGUAAAAAACCUGGUUAAACUUCCCAAAAAUUGUGAAGUUGUUUUAGGCAGCUCUGUUUGUAGUGAAAAUGAAUUAAUUGAAAAACUGCAAAAUGAUGAGGGAACACUUAGGAGAAAAAGAGAAAUGGAUAACUCUGCUUUAGAAUCUAAAGAAGAAGUUUGUAGUCACACAAAAAUGACUGCUUUUGUUACUUUACAGGGGGAAGACAAUAGUGCAUAUAAUAAGAUAAAAGAAGGAAAAUUGGAUAUCAUAAAAACAAUAAACAGUUUGAAUGAUAAAGACUCUGAUGAUUGUGUAAAAUUAAAACAAAAUGAUGAAAAAAAACAAAAUAUUUUUAAUUCCUUAAAAUAUGAUGACAAUAAAAAUGUUCACCAGGAAACUAUUUCAAGUAUGGGAACUAAAAAUGUCAUUAGUCAACAGGUGACAAGUAAAUGUCAAUCAAACAGAGACAGUGAUACAACUGUUCAUAAAGUUCCUACAUCUUUUUGUACUCGGGAUAUUUUACUGGAAAAAGAUGGCGAAGAAAGAACUGUUGCAGGUCACUUCAGCAUAGGUAGUGAUAAAAAUCUUAAUGAAAUCUGCUUACGACCCAAAGAUCAUAAAAAUUCUUUAAAUACGAAAGAAACAGGUGAAAUUUCACAUGAAAGUAAAAGAACUUGUAAUGAAAAAGAAAUUUCAUUAAGAAAAAAUUCAAAUAAAAUCAAACAAGAAUGUGUACGUAAACCAGAAAGUGUUGGUGAAAACGUGAAUGCAAAAUCAGUUCAACAAUAUACAGAAACAAAUAGUAAUUCAAGUAAUUCACCAGAUAUAUCUGUAGGUGAAAUAGAAAACUCAGAUAAAGAAAUAACACUGAUGAACCAGUUUGCAUCUUUUGCUCCUAAAAUUGUUGAUAAACCUGAACCAACAGAAGAUAAAGACUGUGAACUGAACACUCUUCUGCCUCAAUCUGUUAAUACUGGUGACAGUACUGUGUCUAGCAAGAAAAACUUUCUAUCUAAAAGUAAAAUACUUAUUAAAGACCUCAAAUGUAGUUUGGCAUUACAAAAAGCUGCUGAAAAUUCACAGAAGAAAGCAGAACUUUUGGAAGAGGGAGAGAUUACCACAAGUAGUGGAGAAGAAGUUAAAGGUGAUGGAGAAAAAAGUUUAGAAAGCUUGGGUGAACUGAACAGUGAUGAAGGUUCUGGGGAAGUCAGUACCAGUGAUGAAGAAAGGAAACAUAAAAAAAAGAAGAAAAAGAAACAUAAGCACAAAAGAAAAAGAAAAGAAGACAAUAAGUACGAGAAAAAAUUAGGAAUAGACACUGCAGAAAAUCUCGGUCCCCUUCACCAUCAUCGUAUAGCCGACGAAAUAGUUCACGUUUCUCCACGGAAGAGAACCGUAAGUUUGAUUCAAGAAAUAUGUCUCCAUCAAGAAAUGAAAAGGUUUUUGAUCUCAGAGAAAAAAUUGAUAAAGCUCGACUAUUGGAGGUGGCUCGUCAGAAUGUGCUUAAAAUGAUUGAAACAGGAACUUUGCCCAAAUAUAUCCCAGUGGAUAGGUUAAAACAUGAACAGCUUGUGGCCAUUAAAGCGGGAGGCAAAUCGGUAGCAGAGUUAACAGGU